CAAGGGCAGGCUCGGCAGCGGCUUGUGUUGUUAGCGCCUCCCUUUUCGUCUCCUUCCUUCCUUCCUUCCUUCCUUGCUUGGCCACGGCGCGUAGAUCAACAUCAGCUAUGGCGGCGGAAGGAGGAGCAGCGGCGGUCCCAGCUGUGGUGGAAGCCGCAUCUACGGGCCAGUUCCAGGAUCUGCUUCAGCAGCCGGGCAGGUCUUUAGUGGUGGUUCAUUUUUGGGCCCCAUGGGCUCCUCAGUGUGUCCAGAUGAAUAAUGUCAUGGCUGAACUAGCAAAGGAGCACCCACAGGUUACAUUUGUGAAACUGGAAGCUGAAGUAGUUCCAGAAGUUUCUGAAAAAUAUGAGAUUACUUCUGUUCCAACGUUCCUAUUUUUUAAGAAUUUCCAAAAAAUUGAUCAACUAGAUGGCGCUCAUGCACCAGAAUUGACCAAAAAAGUUCAGCGCCUUGUAUCUAGUGUGACCAUUCCAACUGGUUGCACUGAUGGUGUUAAAGAGGAUCUCGGUAUGCGACUCAAGAAACUGACAAAUGCUGCACCUUGUAUGUUGUUUAUGAAGGGAACACCUCAGGAUCCUCGUUGUGGCUUCAGCAAACAAAUAGUGGAAAUCCUUAACAAGCAUAAUGUUGUGUUUAGCAGCUUUGAUAUAUUUUCUGAUGAAGAAGUCCGCCAGGGACUGAAAACUUAUUCCAACUGGCCUACUUAUCCACAGUUAUAUGUGGCCGGAGAACUUAUAGGUGGACUGGAUAUUGUCAAGGAACUUGAGGCUUCUGGAGAACUGGAUACAAUUUGCCCCAAGGUACACAAAUUAGAGGACAGACUCAAAGACCUGAUAAACAAAGCUUCUGUGAUGCUAUUUAUGAAGGGAAAUAAGCAGAUGGCAAAGUGUGGGUUCAGCAAGCAAAUUCUAGAAAUUCUAAACAAUACCAGUAUUGAUUAUGAAACUUUUGAUAUAUUGGAGGAUGAAGAGGUGCGACAAGGAUUAAAAAAGUAUUCAAACUGGCCAACCUACCCACAGUUGUAUGUCAAAGGUGAACUCAUUGGAGGCCUGGAUAUUGUUAAGGAAUUGAAAGAAAAUGGUGAGUUGUCAGCAAUCCUGCAAGGAGAAAAUUAAUGCAAAUGAACAUAUUAAUGAAGAUACUACUAAUAAAAAAGAUUGUUUAAUGCACUAGAAUUCUUGAUGACUUGUCCUUGAGGGAAGUAGACUGCCAUUUCUGACUUUCUCUUCAUACUUCACAAGGCCAUGCUAAAGGUCUGUAGAAAUGUCAGCUUUUGCCCAAAAGUAAGGUUGGAAGCAUCCAAAAAAUGAAUUAAAGUUGGAAUUCAAAAAUG